GAGGUGCCAAGCAGCAACACAAGUAAGCCAAACACAUCAGCUACCAAGCAAGCACCACCAUCCUAUUGUCACUUUCGCGCUUCAACAAGGCCGUCCCGUUUCAUCCAUGGCGGAGGAGAAGCACCACCACCACCACCUCUUCAACCACAAGAAGGACGAUGAGGCGGCGGAGCAGCCCGCCGGCGGGUACGGCGAGUACACGGAGGCGACCGUGACGGAGGUGGUGUCCACCGGCGAGGACGAGUACGACACGUACAAGAAGGAGGAGAAGGAGCACAAGCACAAGCAGCACCUCGGCGAGGCAGGCGCCGUCGCCGCCGGCGCCUUCGCUCUUUACGAGAAGCACGAGGCGAAGAAGGACCCCGAGCACGCGCACCGGCACAAGAUCGAGGAGGAGGUCGCGGCGGCGGCGGCCGUGGGCUCCGGCGGCUUCGCCUUCCACGAGCACCACGAGAAGAAGAAGGACCACAAGGACGCCGAGGAGGCCGGCGGCGAGAAGAAGCACCACCACCUCUUCGGCUGAUCUAGCUCGUCUGCACCAGCACCGACGUGUAUCUCUUGUCUACAUAGUAUGCGCUUCUUAAUUUCUCCGUAUAUAUAUGCUGCGCGUGUGUGAGAGUGUGAGACUGAGAGGCGGGCCCGCGCGCCCGGUGUGUGUAUUUUGGCUUUCCUGCGUACGUACAUACAUGUAUGCGUGUGUUGAAUAAGGGGGCCACGGGUUCCGUAUACGUGGCUUCGUACGUGAUCCGUCGUCAUGUAUCUAUGUGUGUGUAUGUCGUACGGUACGUACGAAUGAAAAAAAUGUAUGCAACUCUAAUUUGCGUGGCUAUACAUUGCUUGUCGUGU